AUGGGUGGAGAACUGACUACAAUCACCCUGGUGGUGGAGCGAACUACUUUUGCCUUCCACACAAUCAAAUAUGACAAGUACAAAGAUGGCCAUCAGGCCGUUGGAUACGUGUACGGCACUGAAUAUAAAGUGAAAGAUUACAACGGAGAUCCUUUUAAGAGAAAUCUUCACAAUCAUGAUGCGCCGUGCGUCGUCUGCUUCGUCAAGACACGUGGUUCAAUGCUGAUGAUGCCUGCUAGGAAUGACUGUCCGUCUGGAUGGAUCAAGGAGUAUCAUGGGUACCUGAUGACUGCUUAUCAUAACCACAAGCAUUCAAGCGACUUCAUUUGUGUUGAUGGGGAUCCAGAGUAUGUUCCUGGUAGCCAUGCCAACAAAAACGGUGCCUUGCUGUACGCUGUGGAAGGAAAUUGCGGCUCACUCCCAUGUCCUCCUUAUGCCAGCGGUCGAGAGUUGACAUGCGCUGUGUGUACCAAGUGAUGAGUAGUGGCUACCGACGAGAUACAAAAGAUAUUUUUAAAAUGGUGAUUUGAUUUAGGUCUCAUAAUUUGCCUUUAAAAACAGCACCUAUUUAAACCUGUUGUAACUUAAUGCGAACUGUAAUUAAAAAGAAUAAACAAAUGAUGUGAUCAUUCAUAAACAUCAAUUUGCUAGCUUACUUCUCGUAGCUCUCUAUCCUUUUGACCUCGUUCAAGCUGGAGGGGAUACUUUAAAAAGCUCUUCACCGACACCCAGAGAAAAACUUCCAACUAAAGAUAAGAACAUCUACGAAGGCAUAUUUGUUUAAUGUAUUCCAAACAAUCGCUAAAAUUAGGGAGCUGGAAGUUCAACGCCUUCCAUUUCAAUUUCCAGACAUAGUGCGGUAACUUAAAGUGAUUUUUCCACUUAAAUGCGUCCCGUAAACAUGAAAAUCACCCUGAGGAAGAUAAAGGAGAAUAAAGUUGCAUCAGAUGUUUAAACCUCUGGUAGACAAGGGAUUCAUGAGCGAGGAUAUAGGAAGGAGGGAGUAAGGAACGGCGGAGCCGGGGAGCUGAGGGGGCUUUAUCAACUCCUCCACCCCGCUCCACACACCGUUUUCCAGAGGAAAAAUUUUUCUUUCACUGAAUAGUGAACUACUUCCGUUAACGUUAAUUCGAUUGAUACUCGCUAGUUAUUCGAGAAAAGAAGUAAAAUACAUAAAGGUAUUCACCAGAUGAAAGCAUUGUUUGAAUCGAACUUGCCCUAUUUAGUGAAGGAAUUUUACAAAAAAUUAGACAAAACCCGUCGGAAACUUUUCGUGUUUACGUGUUUUCAACAUUUUUCCAGCGUGCGCUUCCUUCCCACACAAGAAGAACUCCUAUAUGCAGGCCAGUGUACUAAGGGCGGAUAUAAUCAUAUAGAAAGCUGAGAAAUAUGUAUCACGUUUUUAAAAUACAAAACCUCCAUUGCUGUAAGCAAUUCAAAUGUAACCGGUGUUGUGGUGGCCAUCUAGAAAACCUAAUGGUUCACUUGGCCAUCAUACUCAGACUUUAAUCCUGAUUCAAUAGAAAGGUUUAUAUUGUAAACAACAAACUAAAAGGCUGGAACUUAGCAUUAGUUAAAUAUUGAGAGAAAAUUCAUCUGAGACUGGCAUUCGACAAUCGGUUGCAAAAUAUAUUGUAUUGACAUCACUUUUGAUUCCGGAUUCAAAAUCUUGGGAUGUACGCAACCAAACCGGGACUCUCUAUUUUGGAUUCACGCAUCUUCGUGAACGUCAAAACUGAUCCACUACCAAAAUGUCCCAGAUUCGUCAAGAAUCAGGGCAAAUCUACUCCAGUUUAAUUAAACUUAACCCGUUUGUUUGCCGGCGAAAUUGCCUUUCAAUGCUAAUGGUAGUCCAUACUGUACAAACGCAUUGCAUAUGGCUUUUCAGUUUAAAAGUCGCUAGUCGAAUUUAAACGAAGGAAUAUGUGCGUUGGGAAAUUGCGGUUUGUUGGUACGUUAAUGUUCAGUAACCAUAGAAAUGGGGCUACGUGGAAAAUGUGGUCAGUGCCGAGUGUGGAUAGUGCGCAUUGUGGUAGAAAAUGCCGGGUGUAGAAAAUGUGAAGAGCGGAAAAUGCCGAGCGUAUAGUGGAUCAUUCAAAUGUUGGGUGGAGAGUGUACUAUUGUCUACCAGACAAUGAACUUCGUCAAUUUAACGGUGAAUGUUUUUGCUAGAUGAGCUUCCGUGAAAACUUCAAGUUGUAAACCUAUACGUUAUAGGAUCUGUUCAUUAAAUCGGCGUCAGUCAAUCGAAUCUUUAUUUAGUAUAGCAUACUAGACUUUCUAUUCUCAAUGCUGAUGGUACAUGUAAUAAAUAUUAUUGUAGUCAGAAUUACUAAUUACAAAAAGAUUUCUUCUCGCACUGCAGCUGACCCACCAGAACAAAAUACAAAUUGAAACUUUACUUAGGACGGUACUCUCUUGUAUUCAAUCGCAGAUUUGCAUAUGGUCCAGUAACUUGGCUUUGUCUACAAAUACGUCACAUAGAUUUAGUUUCUCAACAAACAACAGUUUCCUUUUUUAAUGCAAAAAUGAGAGGCAAAUUUUCAGGACAAACAAGUGAUUUUCAACGUCAGUUUCUGAGUAAACUGCCUGAGCACGCAAGUAACUAAGAAAAGCCUCGAAAAGUGUAAGUUGACGGAGUUACUAAAGGUAAUAAGUGAAAGUAAGUGAAAAUCCCCCUAUUCUUGUGUUUUACUGAUUACACAUUAAGUACAAAGCCAUACUAUACUCAUCUGUGUUUGUUCGCAAAUAAAACAACGUCAUGCAUAUGAGUCUUGUGGCGUGAUGUCGUGGCAAACAUAAUGCAAGAUGGCUAUAAUUUCCCUAGUACAAGUAAAUUAUUUCACUCUAAAGGGCUUCCGUAACUAUAACAAUCAGUCAACUGUUUGUACAACCAACCCAUGAAAAGAUACCGCGGAGAAGAUCGCUGCGAUGAUGCGAUGUGAGAAGCCAGUGAAUUACGAUCGAUCUCUCGCGUUCUCAUGUGUACUAUAAUCGAUGAUUUUAACGUAGUAUUUCUUUCCCUUAGUCAAGUUAUAGGGCACGCCUCCAAUUCCUUUGUUUGAUUAAUGCUAACAUUAGUACAUUAGACAAUGCCGGAUUCCUGAUAAAUUAGAAGGGCGAAGAGCGGAAGAGUUCCGACACUCACUGCAGAAACAUUAAAUACCUGAGCUAAAUGUUAUGGAUCUGAGCGAGUGAGAUCGCGACCAGGGAUCGCACCCUUCUCUGAGGUUUGUGGCGGAGAGAGAUGAGGGAUCUCAAAAUUUAACCUUAGGCCCGUCGAAUUUCACAUGUGCCUUAUUUGGUCUGAUUCAGCUCCCAUUUUAGUCGACUAAAAUAAUUUUUACAUACGGCAGUUUAUUCAGACUUCGGAUAUAAUGGUGUCGAAUUUAACUGUCGUCCUUUCGUUGUCCAAUGAUGGAUAACACUUUCUUACAUAAUGCAUUAUAUUCUGCACAUGUGAAAUGCGUCGUCUGAAUCAGAUGUCGAACGUAAGUCGAAUCUUCGACUGUUUCAGUGGCAGAUUUGGCAAAGUCGUAUUUAAUUUGAAACUGUCGAAUUCAACUGAUUCAGACGUCGCAUCUCAUGUGCAGUUUAUUCUCGAAUUAAAUUCGGCACUUGUGAAAUUUCCGGUUUGAGAAAUCGGAGCUACAGAAGUUAAAAACAGCGGCAUUAAACUUUGAAUUGAAUUCAACAUGAAAGUUUAAAUUAAUCGUGUGGCAGUCGCUUAACAUGAAAAGCAAAAUCUUUGCGCCUGCUAAGAACAGCUAAAGAACAUCGAAUUCAGACGGCAUAAAAAAAAUUACCUCAGUCCAUUUCAUCCCGUUCCACUCCAGAUGUAAUGGCCAGAAUAAUACGUUGCAUGAGUAGUUCCGAAGGCUUUUUUUUCCUCUCUGUUUCAAUUAGUUAGUCAAUUGUAGUCUGAGCACUCUCGACGUGUAUUGAAUGAUGGUCAGUGUUAUCAUACUAUAAGUUAGAAUUAUAAAUGAAUUAUUCACACAAUUAGAUGCUAUUUGAAAACUUGUAUCAUGAUGUGAAAAAACCUACGGAUUAAAGAUCCCCAGGCUAACAAUACUGGGCUGAUACUAACAACCAUAAAUGCCACUCUUAGUUUUUAAGGGAACAAUUUUGCUUGCGCAUUCUGCCUAAAAUAAUUCGGGUUCUAUAUUAUACACGCAACUUUAGCGCUAAUCCAUGAUGAAAAUGUACAAAUAUUAAACGAUAAUAAUCUGUCGCAAUAUUUAGUAAGCGCUUUUAAGACAUUAAGAAGACGAAAUUAUAAAAUCUGAAAUGCUGAAUAAUACGAAAUUAUUCAUUGAUUCUAACACAGACAUUUUUCACCACCUUGUUCGUUGAUCAUUAUUAUAAGGGUUUCGUGGAAUCCAGGGCCGGUUACUUAGCACGGGAAAAGCGGAAAUUCCGGAUGGAUAAUCAAACCUCGGUUCGCGCUAUUCCAUAUUUGGGAAGCUUCAGAAAAAAUGGGCUGCUAUUUGUAUGAGCGAGGCAAUUUUUCUACUCUUUUUAGUCUGCAAAGCUGAUUUGGAUAUACUUUGUAGCGGGUCGUUCUCCAACCACGUCAAAUUUUAUAGUUUUGUGUUUAUGAAAAAGAUUCCCACCCGGGUGGUUUGUGUAAAUGGCAAGCACCCCUGUUCUUCUAAAACUUACUUCCGGUUAAAGUAGUGCUACGUCAGAGACGCGAAAAAAUUCUCGUUUAUUUUUCUGCGUAUCAUAAUGUGGUGGAUAGAAAGAGAUAUCUUUGUUUUUUUCUUGGAUUUAACUGAUUUCAAAAGUUCAAGUUCGGAAAGCGCUACUCGAUCGGCAAUGAAAUUAUCGCCAAUCGUGUCACAUCGGACCGGACUGCGCUUGAUGGUUGUGUCGGUGAUGUUCUGUUUCAUCCCGGUUCAUUUGACUUCUGCUAAGAGUCAGUCGUUGCUGUACCGAGGACCAAGAGCAGCCAAGAAAAAUGCCAGCUCUGUCGGCGGUGACUUUGAGAGAAGACUGAACGCUAUGGAAAAAAGGUAAGCUUUCAAAUGAAUAUCCUUUGUUGAAUCGAAUUCAGAACUUUUUUUUCCCUUCGAUAAGAAACUGAGAGAGUCGCAAACGCCCAAAAUAAUACACUGAGAUUUCUCUAGAGGAGUCUAAACCAAUGACAAGGUUUAACACAUUUGUAGACGAAGACCACUUAAGUCUAGCUUCAAUGUAAAACGGUCACGCAUCUUACUCUAAGGUGCAAUUUAUUCUUGACUGACUGUAAACAAGUGACUCUUUAUUCAAAAAACUACGUUUCGAGAUUAGUUUUCUGGUUGACUGUUGUUGAAAAUCUGCGGGCGUUGAUUGUAGGAAAAUCAACGUUUGAUCACUACUGUUGUCUCUUUUAUUUUCUCCACUGAAGGCACAACACCAGCACAAGCUUGGCAAAUAAGCGAUUGGAAGAGAUAGAAAAAAGGUUUGUGAUGUUGUAAAAUUGAAAAGUAGUCCUGAAGUUUAAUUCAGAUCCAUCCAGUACUUCCUCUAUAAGUACUUUCUGCAUUACUUGAAUGAACUACUUCCUUUCAAAAUAAAGAAUGAUGGUCAGUUUUUUAAGCUCGGUGAAGAAAUUUUCCUUUCUGCUUUUUUGCAAAUUUUUAUCCAGAUUUUAAUUAGAGUAGAAAACAAUUUUAAAUAACCGUUUUGAUUUGAAAAACUACAGUAUUCUGAGAAUUAAAUAUUACUCAAUGUACCGAAAGCAUGUCCAGAGUUCAGUAGCUUUUAGUGUGAUGAAAAAACAAAUACGGCAGGAAGAGAAGAAUGAAGAUUUCACGCGCACUCACUGUCUUCUUCAAAAGCUCAUCAUUGUUGAAAUUUUUACAUGUAACGUGAAACCACUCAACAAUUAUUGACAACGUUAACUCUGCCCUGCAAAAAAAAUACCGUUUGUUACUGUCGUUUGUGUCUCUUUUCAAUUGUUUAGAGCGCCACAACACCGAAAUCUGCCAUUUAGGCAUGUGGAUAAAUAAAAAUCAUUAUGAAGUUUUGAAACUUCUUUAGCGUGAUCCGGCUGUAGACAAGACUUCACCCUUUACGAGUAUGAAGAGUUGUGAUCGUUCUCAUUUUAAUUGCCUACUUCAAGGAGGGCUUUAUUUUUGAGGUCUACAAGAUAGAACAGCUCAACAAAACAGCAGAGAGUUCUAUUGAGAUUAUAUAUAGCUAUAAUGCAAAUUUCUAUACCGCACGUUCUCAUUGCAUGAUAUAUAAGCUCAGUGCAAGGUAUGAAGCUGUGAAAAAAUUGCCUACUAUACAAGCUUAUAAGGAACCAUUCUAUGAGUGUAACUGUCAGGUUUAUCAGCCAUGUUAUCUUUUCGUAGACUUGAUCUGCUGUUGCGUAUACCAUCUCAGGUCAGGGGAUCAGGGGACUCGUAUGCGUCGCUGCUGGUCUACUUAUUAGGUUCGUAAAGAAACUUGAUGUAAACAGGAUAAAUACACUUAAUAUAGGUGACUGAAAAAGCUAUAUUUUCCAGCUUGAAGCUCUGAUAAAUAAGCAGUUGUGGGAAAUAAAAGUUUUUACUCUCCUUACAAGAGCAGAAAAAUAUCAUCUUUUUUCUUAAUCGGUUUCAAUCCUCUGUUUAACUAAUCAAAAAAUAUUCUGUAAAAGUACCUGAAUUUGAUAGUGGGCGAUUACUGGUCCAUAUUUUCUUUCUUGAUUCGGUUUCUUUAAUGAUGUUGGUAUAUUGAAGAUGAGGUUUUUAAAAACGCUUGAAAAAAUGUCUUACUCGGUGUUAUUGCUUUGUGUUUCUGAUUUCACAAACUAGACAGUUAAGUUAAUCCAGACGAAAGAAAAAAAAGUGUACUAAGGAAGGAUAACCGCGUACUGCUUUUCUCGGUUCCUGUUUCCAAUAAUCAGAAACGUGACUUUGUUACAAACAAGUAAAAACAGUAGUUUCACGAAGGUUAAAAAAACUGAGUUAUUUAUAACUAAGUAGUAUUGUUUUAGAUAUUAUAAGUAACCAAGAAUUAGCGGCUGUGAGUGGGUUAACCUAAUCAAUUAAGGCUGUGUGCUUGGCGUUCAUCCGUUCUUGGUGUAUUUCAGGUCAGCAUCGUCAAAGUACCCUGGGAAAGGUGCGCGUUGGACCAGCUGGUCCCCCUGGGCCUCCUGGGACACCUGGGCCAGCUGGACUAGCCGGGAAAAUUGGAGCUACUGGACCAUCAGGACCUAAAGGUAAAAUUAUCCGUUGUUUCUUUCUUAGUGUUGGAAACGGGUUAAUCACCAAAUGACGUAAUUCAUGCAAAAGAUAGAAAAGACACUAAAUAAUACCCACACCAAAACACAAGAGGGAAAAAGCAAUAGUUUUCGAGCUGGCUCCAUGGCACCUAACUUAGAAAUUAAAAGCGCUCGUAUCUAAUUAAAUUAAAUUUUCUGGCAAUGAAAUACCCAAUAACGUUGUUGAGUGCUCAGCAUGAGGUUAUUCUUCACAGGGGACCCGGGAAAACCUGGAAUCAACAAGCCAUUCCCAGGCCCUCCUGGUCCUAAAGGAGACCAGGGAGUAGUUGGGAAGACUGGAGCCCAGGGACCACAGGGUGCAAAAGGAGAAAAGGGACAGGAUGGAUCUGGGACAUCAGGGGUGAAGUACAUUCGCUGGGGAAGAACCACAUGUCCUAGUGGCGCUCAGGUAGUUUAUAAAGGUAAGAGAAGGGUCAUCCAAAUAGUAAGGGUUAUUGCACUCUACUGGUCAAUGCAAAUAGGUUCUUAAGAUGUAGAGUGAUUAGCGAAUAUUUCUAUAUCGAGCAAUUCUUUUCCAGUAUUAUUAAGCUUAUUACAUUUAACGUCUUUUCUGCUCUCUCUUUCCAGACAACUUUAUUCCCUAUCUUUUAAACAAUCAUGAAAAAAGAAUUGCACUAGAUCGUUUUUUACGGCCAUUCGGGAUGUAAUAUCGAGUUAUUAAUCAAGUUAAUUUUGCUCCUGGCACUAGGUAUAAUGGGUGGAGAGCACUACAAUCACCAUGGUGGUGGGGCGAAUUACCUCUGCCUUCCACACAAUCCAAAAUAUGACAAGUACAAAAAUGGCCAUCAGCAUGCCGGAUUCGUGUACGGCACUGAAUAUGAAGUGAGUGAUUACAACGGCGACCCUUUUAAGAAAAAUCUUCACAACCAUGAUGCGCCAUGCGUUGUCUGCUUCGUCAAGUCACGUGGCUCAAUGCUGAUGAUGCCUGCUAGGAAUGACUGCCCAUCUGACUGGACCGAGGAGUAUCAUGGGUACCUGAUGACUGCUCUUCAUAACCACGGGCAUUCAAGUGAUUUCGUCUGUGUUGAUGGGGAUCCGGAGUAUGUUUCUGGUAGCCAUGCCGACAAAAAUGGUGCUUUGCUGUACGCUGUGGAAGGUGUUUGUGGCUCACUCCCGUGUCUUCCUUAUGUCAACGGUCGAGAGUUGACAUGCGCUGUGUGUACCAAGUGA